AUGAAGCCGCAAUCUGUUACUUUGAGGGAGCAGACGGUUUUGGAGCGGACAAAGGCAGAGAGCCUGUCGGCGGUGCGAAACCUCAAUCUGUGGGGUGAGGGAUUUACGGACGUGACGAUUGUUGAGAGGAUUCCUGGCAUCGAGGUGCUUGCAUUGGCGGCCAAUCAGCUAACUACACUGCGUCCCUUUGCUUCGUGCACAUCGCUGCGGGAGUUGUAUCUGCGGAAGAACGACAUUAAAUCCCUCGCAGAGGUAAAAUACAUCAAGGACCUCCCGAACCUGCGCACACUCUGGCUCAUGGAUAACCCUUGUGCAAAGAGCAGUCACUACCGCAGUUUUGUUCUUCGGUGCUGUCCGAAUCUGAAGCAGCUGGACAAUAUUGAGGUCACCGAGACGGAGCGGGAGGAGGCGAAAAAGAAACUUUCGGAAGAGGAUGUAAAACACAUUUUAGAGCACGGAACUGUCGCGGAAGCAGAUCUGAGCAACAAGCGGCAGCAGCCAAAUUCUUCAGCCGUGUCAAAGGCCGUGGAAAAGGGGUCCCUCGCGAGCGUAGGCGGGCAGCCCAGCCAAUAUGGGAGGACGAAGGAAAAAGAAAAGGAACCGAGGCAGGGUGGAAAUUGGGCCAAUGACGCGCCGAGGGAGUCGAGUUGCACACCCACAUCCAACGGUGUUCCGUACACAACGGUUAAAACUCAACAGGCAAUUAUUACCGCCAUCGUGUCGCUCAUACCUGAACUGACACUGGGGUCCCUGGGAGUGCUGCAAAAGGAGAUUAAAGACGAGGUAGUUCGGAAGGAAAAGGCUGUCCGGAAUCGCUCAAAUUGCCCACAGUAG